AUGGCCCUCUCAGUGGACUCCUCUUGGCAUCGGUGGCAGUGGCGACUCAGAGAUGGCCUCCUCCAGUCUCCGUCAGAAGCCACACCACUGCUGUCCCCAGAGAAGGGGGGACAGAGCUACAACCUGACGCAGCAGCGGGUCGUAUUCCCCAACAAUGUCCUGUUCCACCAAGACUGGGCCAAGGUCUCCAGGAGAUACUCCAGCAAUAGGAUCCGCACGACCAAAUAUACCCUCUUCACCUUCCUGCCCCAGAAUCUCUUGGAGCAGUUUCACAGAUGGGCUAACCUCUAUUUCCUGUUCCUGGUGAUUCUGAACUGGAUACCUGCCAUGGAAGUUUUCCACAGAGAAAUCACCAUGCUACCAUUGGCCAUUGUGCUGUUCAUCAUCAUGGUCAAGGACGGCAUGGAGGACUUCAAGAGACACCGCUUCGACAGAGAGAGAAACUGCUCCAACAUCCGGAUAUAUGAAAGAAAAGAGCAGAGCUAUGUGCAGAGGUGCUGGAAGGAUGUACGUGUGGGCGACUUCAUCCAAGUGCGAUGCAACGAGGUCAUCCCAGCAGACAUACUCCUCCUCUUUUCCUCGGACCCCAGCGGGAUCUGCCACCUGGAGACCGCCAAUUUGGAUGGAGAGACAAACCUCAAGCAAAGGCGUGUGGUGAGGGGCUUCUCUCAGCAGGAGGUGCAGUUCGAACCGGAACAUUUCCACAACACCAUCGUGUGUGAGAAACCCAACAACCACCUCAACAGAUUUAAGGGUUAUAUGGAGCACCCUGACCAGACCAGGACCGGCUUUGGCAGUGAGAGUCUUCUGCUUCGAGGCUGCACCAUCAGAAACACCGAGGUGGCUGCUGGCAUUGUCAUCUAUGCAGGCCACGAGACGAAAGCCAUGCUGAACAACAGCGGCCCCCGGUACAAACGCAGUAAGGUCGAGCGACGCAUGAACACGGACAUCUUCUUCUGCAUCGGCCUCCUCUUCCUCAUGUGCCUCAUCGGAGCUGUAGGUCACGGCCUCUGGAAUGGGACUUUUAGAGAACACCCUCCCUUCGACGUGCCAGAUGCCAAGGGCAGCUUCCUUCCCCUUGCCCUUGGGGGCUUCUACAUGUUCCUCACAAUGAUCAUCCUGCUCCAGGUGCUGAUCCCGAUCUCCCUGUACGUGUCCAUUGAGCUGGUGAAGCUCGGGCAGAUCUUCUUCCUGCACCAUGACCUCGACCUGUACGACGAAGAGACUGACUCAUCCAUCCAGUGUCGUGCCCUCAACAUCACAGAGGACCUGGGCCAGAUCCAGCACAUCUUCUCUGACAAGACGGGGACGCUGACCGAGAACAAGAUGGUGUUCCGGCGCUGCACCAUCAUGGGCCACGAGUAUCCUCACCAAGAAAAUGCCAAGCGACUGGAGACCCCAAAGGAGCUGGACGCUGACCACGAAGAGUGGACCCAGUACCGGUGCCUGUCCUUCCCAGCCAGAUGGGCCCAGGGCCCAGCAGAGACGAGAAGCCAAGGAGGGGUUCAGCCCCUGAAGAGGAGCCAGAGUGUCCAGGUCCCCAUCCAGCGUCACUCUCGACAAAGGUCCGUGGGGCGCUGGGAAAAUGCACAGUCCCCUGUGGCCUUCAGCAGCCCCAUAGAAAAAGAUGUGACUCCAGAUAAAAACCUACUGACCAAGGUGCGAGAUGCUGCCCUGUGGCUGGAGACUUUGCCAGACUCCAGACCCGCCAAGCCUUCCCUCUCCACCAGCUCCUACGUCGCUGACUUCUUCCUCGCCCUGACCAUCUGCAACUCCGUCAUGGUCUCCACAACCUCCGAGCCCAGGCAGAGGGUCACCAUGCCACCCUCCACCAAGGCUCUGGGAAUAUCCCUGGAGAAGAUUCAGCAGCUCUUCCAGAAGUUGAAGCUUUCGAGCCUCAGCCACUCAUUCUCAUCCACUGCGCCCUCUGACACCGACCUGGAGGAGAGUUUGGGGACCAAUGUGCCUACCACAGACUCGGAAGAAAGAGACGAUGCGUCCAUGUGCAGUGAAGGCUACUCCACCGACGGUGGCUCGAGGAGCAGCACGUGGGACCAGAGUGAUGCCCCGGCGUCUGGGUCGGGCGUGUCCUUGGAGGAGGUGCCAGAGGGCCCGGCCAGCCCCGAGCUCUGUUACGAGGCCGAGAGCCCUGACGAGGCUGCCCUGGUCCAUGCCGCCCGUGCCUACAGCGUCACGCUGGUGUCCCGGACGCCCAGUCAGGUGACUGUGCGCUUGCCCCAGGGCACCUGCCUCACCUUUGACGUCCUCUGCACCCUGGGCUUCGACUCCGUCAGGAAGAGAAUGUCCGUGGUCGUCAGGCACCCGCUCACCAGCGAGAUCAUUGUCUACACCAAGGGCGCCGACUCGGUGAUCAUGGACCUGCUGGGAGACCCGGCCUGUGAGACUGACAGUGCUGUGGAAAAGAGGAUGAGGAAGAUCCGAGCCUGGACUCAGAGGCAUCUGGACUUGUAUGCAAGAGACGGCUUGCGGACGCUGUGCAUCGCCAAGAAGGUUGUGAGUGAGGAGGACUUCCAGCGAUGGGCCAGUUUCCGGCGUGAGGCCGAGGCAUCCCUCGAGAACCGCGAUGAGCUUCUGAUGGAGACAGCACAAUGUCUGGAGAAUCAGCUCACCUUACUCGGAGCCACUGGAAUCGAAGACCGGCUGCAGGAAGGAGUUCCAGACACAGUCGCUGCUCUGCGGGAAGCUGGGAUCCAGCUCUGGGUGUUGACUGGAGAUAAGCAGGAGACAGCAGUCAACAUUGCCUAUUCCUGCAGACUGCUGGAUCAGACCAACACUGUCUAUUCCAUUAACACAGAAAGUCAGGAAACCUGCGCAUCCAUCCUCAACUGCGCACUGGAAGAGGUAAAGCAAUUUUAUGGCCCACGGGAGCCAGACCACAAGUUCUUUGGGUUCGGCCCGGCUUCUGAGAAACCUCCCUAUGCCUCAAGAGCUGCAGUUCCAGAAGUUGGAUUGGUCAUCGAUGGGAAGACUCUGAAUGCCAUUCUCCAGGGAAAGCUGGAGGAGAAAUUUCUGGAGUUAACUCAAUACUGCCGGUCUGUCCUGUGCUGCCGCUCCACCCCGCUCCAGAAGAGCAUGAUAGUCAAGCUGGUGCGAGACAAGUUGAGCGUCAUGACCCUCGCCAUAGGUGACGGAGCAAAUGACGUAAGCAUGAUUCAAGCUGCUGAUGUCGGGAUAGGAAUAUCGGGACAGGAGGGCAUGCAGGCCGUCAUGUCCAGCGACUUUGCCAUCUCCCGCUUCAGCCACCUCAAGAAACUGCUGCUCGUGCACGGCCACUGGUGCUACUCGCGGCUGGCCCGGAUGGUGGUGUACUACUUCUACAAGAACGUGUGCUACGUCAACCUGCUCUUCUGGUACCAGUUCUUCUGCGGCUUCUCGGGCUCCACCAUGAUCGAUUACUGGCAGAUGAUAUUCUUCAAUCUCUUCUUCACCUCCUUGCCUCCUCUCGUCUUCGGCGUCCUUGACAAGGACAUCUCUGCGGAAACACUCCUGGCAUUGCCUGAGCUGUACAAGAGCGGCCAGAACUCUGAGUGUUAUAACCCGUUGACUUUCUGGAUUUCCAUAGCGGAUGCGUUCUACCAGAGCCUCAUCUGUUUCUUUAUCCCUUACCUGACCUACAAGGACUCUGAUAUCGACGUCUUCACCUUCGGGACACCCAUCAACACCAUCUCCCUCGCCACUAUCCUCUUGCACCAGGCGAUGGAAAUGAAGACCUGGACCAUCAUCCACGGGCUGGUUCUCGCAGGCAGCUUCCUGAUGUACUUUGUGGUAACCCUAGUGUACAACGCCACCUGUGUCACCUGCAACAGUCCCGCCAACCCCUACUGGGUGAUGGAAGGCCAGCUUUCAGACCCCACUUUCUACCUCGUCUGCUUGCUCACACCAGUCGCGGCUCUUCUCCCAAGGUAUUUUUUCCUAUCUCUACAAGGAACUUAUGGGAAAUCUCUCAUCUCAAAAGCUCAGAAAAUUGACAAACUCCCCAUGGACAAAAGAGACCUGGAAAUCCAGAGCUGGAGAAGCAAACAGAUGGCUGCCCCUGUCCCUGGAGAGGCUCAGCCCACCCACCGCCCAGUGCCACCUGUCCCUGAACAGGACUUGAGAGCCGAUACCUCAAAGAGCUCCAGCUCUCCCGAGAAGACGUGCAAGGAGGACAGGGUGCUGCGUGGAGAGAGAAGCAGCAGAGACCACACGGGGGAUGACCCAUGCUCAGUGGACUCCUCGGCUAAACUCUCAUCUGGAGAUCACCUUCGUCUAGGGCCUAACAGCGCAAUGGCUUCCGGGGCGUCCUCCAGAGGACAGGCUGACAUCUGCAGACACUCGAUCAAGGGCAGCCACCUCCGAUCCCAGAGUUCACUGACCAUAUGA